AUGAGGAGUGAAUUGGCGAGAGGAACGAAAUGGCGGCACACAAUACAGCCACCAGCGAGUAAUUUGAAAAAACUGGUAAGUAUUAUAAUGUAUGUAUGUAUGAUGUAAGUAAAGAAUACAUCAGGAGCCCUUGGGCAUACAUAGCAUAUAUAUCCAGUUAUCAAUUACUCUGUUAUCAACUUACUUAUAAUUUUGCAUAUCUGCUUCCAUUUUUAGAAAUGGGACGACAAGUUAGCAAAAAAGGCGGCCAGAUGGGCCAAGAAAUGCAAAUCGCCCAAGAAGCACCCAAAAAACAUCAGUUAUGGUCAAAAUUGCGCUGCUCUUCCGAUAGAAGAGGGAUAUCAUGACCAAGCCAACCGUGCCAUUGAAGAGUGGAUGAAUGAAAGCGAUGAUUUCAAUGGAAACCUCAUCUAUUCUUUGCCAGAACAUAAAAACUCCAAGAGAUUUGCUCAGGUGCGUUUUUAGAUGUCAUAGUUGUACUUUUGACACGUUUACAUGUAUAUGUACAAAUCAUAACAUGCUUAUAUUUUAGCUAGCCCUGGCUAAUGCUCGUAAAAUUGGCUGUGCGAUUCAACGAUGCAACAAUGGAGACGAAAUUUUCAAGGGGAAAAAUAAAGCAAAGGAAUACGAUUUGGUGGUCUGCAACUACAACAAGAAGCCCAAGGUUGGAAAGGAAAUCUACAAGAAAGGAAAAGGAUGUAGCGGCUGCAAGAAGUGCUGGGAAGGGCAUGAUCUAUGCUUACCCGCAUGA